GGGAGCAGCCCGUCAGGGUCUCCGCCUGUCGAUCACGGCGCGGGGGGCGUGCCCGGCCGGCCGGCCGGCCAAUGGUGUGUGUGUGUGGCGGCGUCUCCAUGGUGACGGGGCUGUUCCCGGGGAGGCUGUGAUGGGUUGACAGGUGCGUGACAGUCGGAGCUCUCCGCAGGCAUGUACGGCAAAGGCAAGAGCAACAGCAGCGUCCCGUCCGACAGCCAGGCCAGGGAGAAAUUAGCACUGUACGUAUAUGAAUAUCUGCUCCAUGUAGGAGCACAGAAAUCGGCCCAGACAUUUUUAUCAGAGAUAAGAUGGGAAAAAAACAUCACACUGGGGGAGCCCCCAGGAUUCUUGCAUUCCUGGUGGUGUGUGUUUUGGGAUCUCUACUGUGCAGCUCCAGAAAGACGAGAAACAUGUGAACAUUCAAGCGAAGCAAAAGCCUUUCAUGACUAUAGUGCUGCAGCAGCUCCCAGUCCAGUGCUAGGAAACAUUCCCCCAGGAGAUGGCAUGCCAGUAGGUCCUGUACCACCGGGGUUUUUUCAGCCUUUCAUGUCCCCUCGGUACCCUGGAGGUCCAAGGCCACCUUUAAGAAUACCCAAUCAGGCACUCGGAGGUGUCCCAGGAAGUCAGCCAUUAUUGCCUAGCGGGAUGGACCCAACACGGCAGCAAGGACAUCCAAACAUGGGUGGGCCAAUGCAGAGAAUGACUCCUCCAAGAGGAAUGGUUCCGUUAGGACCACAGUCUGACCCUUGGUUAUCAUUGCAGAACUAUGGAGGUGCAAUGAGACCCCCACUGAAUGCUUUAGGUGGCCCGGGGAUGCCUGGAAUGAACAUGGGUCCUGGUGGUGGUAGACCUUGGCCAAACCCAACCAAUGCCAAUUCUAUACCUUACUCCUCAGCAUCUCCUGGGAACUAUGUAGGUCCUCCGGGAGGUGGAGGUCCACCAGGAACACCUAUCAUGCCUAGUCCUGCAGAUUCAACCAACUCUGGAGACAACAUGUACACUUUAAUGAAUGCAGUACCACCUGGACCCAACAGACCCAAUUUUCCAAUGGGGCCAGGGUCAGAUGGACCGAUGAGUGGACUGGGUGGAAUGGAUUCACAUCAUAUGAAUGGAUCAUUAGGCUCAGGAGACAUGGACAGUAUUUCCAAAAACUCUCCCAGUAAUAUGAGCAUGAGUAAUCAGCCUGGCACUCCCAGGGAUGACGGUGAGAUGGGUGGAAACUUCCUAAACCCUUUUCAGAGUGAGAGCUACUCCCCUAGCAUGACAAUGAGUGUGUGAUCGUUAACAAGUCUCGCCAUGAAGACCACAGUGAGUUGGCCCUCUUCAGAGAGCUACUGCAGAAGAAAAUUAUUCAUCCCAGUGUACAGUUUAACAAAAGGAUCUCAGACACAAUCAGACCCACCUUUUUUUUUCUACCAUCUCCCCCGUUUUGUCAAGACAGUGGGUCCCAAACAUGAUUGAGGCAACUGAAAAAAGUGGCGUAACAGAACUGCCCAAGAUGGAACUGCAAAUAAUUAUCUGUGUAUGUACUUGUGUGGGUUAAUGUAUAUGUAUGUGUGUGUGAUAUAGAAAUACACACAUACAUAUAUAGACCCACAGGACAUUGUAAAAUAUUAUCACAUGACAUAUUAAGUAGAAAUGAGAAGUAGGGGCUUUUAUUCCAUCUUUUUUUUUUUUCACGUUUACAUUUUAAUUAUUAAGAUUUACUUUCCCUCUCCCCUCCUGAACUGUUUUAUGUUGCAUAUAUCACUGCUUUAUAAGUUAUUUUUUAAGGUGAACUCAAAUGAUAAAUUCUUCUGAUUUUGUAAAUGUCUGCCAUUAUGGUUAGGAAUAAAAUUGCUUAUAAGAGCUUUCAUUAACUUGUGUUUGAUACCAGUCACCCUGUGAAUCACAAACUGUACUGUCUCAAGAAAUAGAAGAAAGCUCAUCUUAAUUUUUUGGAGAAAUUUAAUAAUUUUCACCUAGUUUGGUGAUUUUUUUUUUUUAUACUUUGCCUUUAAAAAAAGAAGCACUGAAGGUUAUUUUUCUUCUUUAAUUGAAGCCUAAUAUCUGCAAUAUCUAUUUUAAAUGGAAGCCUGAAUUUGAUACAAGCUUCUCAGUUUAUAUAGAGGACUAUAAGGUUACUGUAAGUGAGCUCCAAUUGGUAUAGAGUCUAGCAAUAAAGUGUCAGGGCUUCUUCUGCCCUUGGAAAUGAGUUUCCUAUUUAGCAUGAUCUUCUGUAGGUGAGGUAGUUAGUGGAAAUGCAGUAGAGUUCCUAUCACUGAAACCUUUUCUAAAAAUUUACUAUUACGUUUCCCAUUUUCAGUGAUUCUCAACCGAAUUGUAACAAUCCAUGGUCCUAAUUACAAACAGUAUUUCUCAAGCCUGUUCAGAAAAUCAGGUCACCCUGCUACCCUGCGUGUAUUUUUCACCACAUCAACCAGAAUGAAUUCCCCCAAAACUUCCCAGUGAGCAGUCUCUCUUUUUUUGUGAGCCAAAAUGAUGGAGUAAACUUUUUAUGACUACUAGCCUUGUAAGGGUCUUACCUUUUGCCAUGAACAGAAGAGGAACAAAGGUCUGGGCCAUUUUAUAAGGAGGUCAGCCUAUCAGAAAUGAAAGCUGGGGACAGAAUGGAGAAAAGGCAUAUGGUCUUAAAAGAAAUGCUUCUGGAAGCUCUAAAACCAAGAUUAUGGUACAUUUAGUUCCUGAUGACUUCCAGCUCCUCCAAGAAAACAUAAGUUUUCAGUUGUGUAGUGGUCAAAAGGUUGAUGAUCAGCAAUGCAGGCACAAAGUGGCUGAGCAAAAAUUCAUGCCACUGACAGAAAGGAAAGCCCCCUCCUUGGACUUUGCAUAUACACUUACAUAGGAGCAGUUCUGAGAUGCAGUAUGUCCAUGAAGUCUUGCAAGGAGACUUUUUUCAUGAACUUGUGAUAAAGAAGCUUAUGUAGUGGGCUCUUUGUGAUGAUAGCUGCACAGAACAGGAUGCGUAAGGAAUACUACAAUCUCUUAACUCAUUUUUAUUUACAUAUGUUAUAUAUAUAAUAUAUGAAAAUAAAAAGAUGUAACACUUUUUACUCUUCUGUUAGGGCUGUUCAAAGAUUUAACUCUUGGAGGCAUAAAAUUAUAUUAAAAUAUUAAAGAUUUUGGCAGCAUUACUUUCGCGUAAUAGUAACAACUUUGAUUAGUUGUAAACAUAAAUUAGAUAGUCAUGAUAUGGUUUUGUGGACUUCAUUCCCAGUGAUGAUGGAAGUUUCAUUCAGUUGCUUAUCUUUGGAAAACACUUUCUUGUUAUCUCAAAAGACGAUAGAAGGCCCUACUAUUGAUUUGAGUUAUGAGAGCGCAAAAUCAGAUGUAAUUUCCUAAGACCCUUUGCUGUUGUCACUAAUACCACUGUUAGUAGUGGCUGCGUCCCCAGUGGGCCCCAGCUUCUGCCAUAAGCACUGCAGAGUCCAGACGUCCUUGCAGCCUGCACCUGACAUCUCUAUUACCCUCAGUAGCCUUCUAAGGACUUUAGGACUCUUUUCUGCCCAGUUGCAGUCAGAUACGUCACUGCUGCCGACUAACGUAGAUGGGUAUGGCUGGACUACGCAUGAAGUGCCACAGCCCAUUCACGCAGCAGGUAAGUGCGCCCUCGAGUGAGCUCUUCAACGAUAGAGAGCCUCUGGGGAUGCUGCAGGGGGAACCGCUGUGUCUCCAGGGGAACCCCUGUGCUGUCCCAGGCCAAGCUGGGGCUCCUCCAGGAGAGCAGUGUGUCCACUGAGCACACGACAGCCGGUCGUGGUGGCAUCACUGAGGGCUGUCUUACAAGACAGAGUACGUGCCACUGCUGAAGCUUCAUUCUGUGGCAAAAUUAAGCAGAAUCAGGGCUUAGUGUUAAUCAGAGAGUUCUGGUUUUUUUUUCCUUUCUGAAUUUGGCAUUAUCUGCAAUAUUUUAGCUUAUAGGCACCUGUUAAGGAUGAAAGUCUGACCAUUAAAUUAAACCUGCAUAAAGAAACCCCUUAAAUGGAACUGCCAACACAUAUUGAAUAUCAUUAUCAAAAUACGUUAUCCUACUUUAUAUACAAGAGCAUAACAUCCUUUCAGGCACAUAAUUUUUCUUCUGUAGUUCUUUUAAACUUGCUUCUAUACAGUUUUCCUCACUGCCAGUAUAUCUUUGUCUCCCCCUUUCAACUUCUUUUCCAAAACAUUUAUAUCAAGUUAAACAUGGUCGCCUUGAUCCUACAGCAUUAAUCUCAGUAAAUACAUUCCUGGCUUCAAAAGGAGCAGGAUCAGGCCCAGCUUCUCGCAGCUUGUCACGCUGUGCCCUGACACGGCAAGUUAGUGUGUACGGCCAGCACUUCUCAUACCUGCGUCGCCCUGCAGGCUGGUGGAAUAAGAUGUGCAAGCUUGCAAAAUUUUAGAUUUGGGAGAUCUACGUGAAUACUCAGUGCAUAUCUUAUUGUUAGAAUUUUAAUCAGAUAUAAAGAAGCCUAAUCAUCUUGCGUUCUGUAGGGAAGGCUUACGUCCCUGUGUUUACACGCAUGAGUAAAGUUACUUACACAUGCAUUGGUAAGAUCAGGUGAUAACCGUAAGUAGGUUCUGCAGCUGAACCAUUAGAAAACAACUAAAUUAGAAAACAACCUUAUGUGCUGAAUACUCAACUUCCGAAUUAUAACUAUCCCUUUGGGUUUUUUUUUUUUAAUAUACAUAGAGCCUUUUGCUUAUUUUCUUUCUUUUGCUUAUAAAUCAUUGUAGGAUUUUCAUCAUAUCUAGAGUAUUAAUGUGGAAAGAAAGACUAUUUCCAAGCACUGACUUUUUACUCCUGCUUAUGUUUCUAAUGCACUAGAUAUCAAUGUGUAAUGUAACUGCUGUUUAUAUGUGUCCUUAUGCAACAGCAUUAUUGAUAAUGUCAGAACUUGUCCAGCUCUGGGAGUAAUUUUAUUUUAAGUGGUGCAGGAUAGUUUUUCCACACUGGGUUGUUAGGUAGAUUUCUCUCUUUCUCUCUAAAAAUAAAUAGAUCAUGAUUCUGUAAAAGGGUCUUUCGGGCAAGGUUAAAGCAAGGCUUUUUAAAAACAGAAGUGAUGAAAUCUUAAGAGUAGCAGAAACAGGGAGUGAUUGAUCUCUCAUACUGUGAGAACUCCGGCAAAUAUUCUGGCCUUGUAGAAAUUGGGAUUCACUUGUAAAUUUCACAGUGAAACCAGUAUUUUACCUGCUGCCUAAACCUAUGAAAAGGAGUAUUCUUACCCAGAUUUUAUCUCCAUGUCUAAAUCUUGUAUAGGCAAGAACAGGCUUUAGGGCAAGAAAGAAGCUGUAUGAAUCACAAGUAAAGCACGUGGCCUGACGUGUGCAUUAAAAAAAAACCCAAUGGGAUAUUUGCAUGUAUGGGUUGCAUUAUUUUCUUAAUUGCCUGAGUGUGAGGAAGAACUGCGGUUGCACUCCGCGUUUCCCCCCCUCCGCUGUGGAGUGAGUUUGGUGUUAUGUAAAAAGUGUGGCAAGAGCCCUGAGUCUCGGGGGAAUAAAUGUGGUGCCACUUGACUCGGAGGCAUCUCAGAGUGACAGUCCCAGAUCAGAGGGUCACCUACCAGCCUGUGGCUGAGACCACAUUUGCCAUUUUUGAUUUGGAAGCUUUCUGGUUGCAGAGUCCAGACCACCAGUGGGUCACAUGUUCAGAGACAGUAACAACUUUCAGACUUAGCAGCCUGCUCCCCUUUUGAAUUCACAAAAUAUAAUAAUAGAAGUCCCCAUGUCCCAAGAUAUCCAGCUGUUGCUUUCCCCUGCAAUGGGAAAACGCAAUAAGAAAUAUGUAGGCUAAUUAUUUAUUUUAAAUAAUUCAAAUUAGGAAGAAUUUAAUAGAAUCUUUCCUCUUUAUGGAUAGCAAUUCAUGCAGCAGAAGGACACCUUCUUGAACUGGCUAAAAAUCAUUUACAUUUUCCCCUGUCCUGUGGCUAGCAAAUGAAAUACUGCAUGUAAAGAUGAUUUGGAAUUAGAUGAGUAAUUUAAUGAGGGACCAGCUGUUACAAUAUUGAGUGUUGAACAUUUUACUGUUUUUUUUCUCUUUACCAGUCAAAAUGGAUUUUCAGCUGAUACAUGUAGCACCGAUUUCUAUUCCUCAGAUCAGUUAAUUAUUUUUAAGUGUUAUCUCCUAUUCCUAGUCAGCUCAGAUUCUUUGUUCUUGUUGUGUUUUCUAAAGAUGGACUGGAUUCUUCAAUAUUUGACCCUACGCAUUUGCAUUUGGAGAAUGUAAAAUAGAGCUUAACAACGUAAAAAGAAAAGAAGAUCAGUGCAGGAAAAUUUAUCUUUUUUUAAUUGACUGUAAGUGAUGAUAAAACCAUGGCUCCUGCCCCAAACACGCUUGGGUUUGGUUGGGCCCUAGGGAUGAGAAUCCUGACACAGCACAUCUUUCAAAUAAAACCCAAAAAACUCCUUCAACAGUGACGGCUCAUUUCUCUUUGAACUGAUCACACUAAGGAUCUAAUUCAGGAUUUAAUGAUACGAAACAACUAUAAAAAUUCAGUACACUCAGAGAUAAAUGAGUUAGAUUUAAAUUUUAGUGUGUGCAGCUUCCUCUGCUUUCCAGACAUUAUUGGCUCAGUCCUUUAAGCUGCUGUUCAUGCCAGUUGUCCAGCUUAAACUUUGAUGAAACCACUCACAUCAUUAAGCCAUUUUUUGGUAGGAUUUCACCCUGGUCUGGGUGAAAUACAUAAUCUGUCUAUCUAUCUGAAGUGUGACAUUAUUUGGCAGAUGUAUAAACUGAGUAAAGAGAGCAAAAUACAGAGGCUCUGUUGAAAUUAACAAAUUGAUGAUUCAAUCUGAAAAACAAGAAAAAAGGCCUUAUCUAAAAUACUCUGUUGAGUGCAUGCGUGCAGAUUGUCUGCCAGUGCUGUUUUCUUGGAAACAAAUUACAGUAACAAAUUUAGAGAAAAUAAAUGGAUCAUAUACUCGCCAUACUAAAAUUCUGAUCCUCCAGACACAUUUGUAUUUGUUUGAGAUAAAGCCUGCACAUAGUAAAUUUUAAACAGAUUUAAGAAUACACGUAGUAUCCUUCAAGAAAGUGGGACUGCUAAUACGCUAAAACCAUGCUUGAGCACGGACAGUCUAGAAGCUCAAAUUUAGUCUUCCCUAAACAGAUAUUAUUUUAAAGAUUUUACCAAUGCAGGAGCAUAUUUAUAUAUCAAUAGUACUGAUAUGCGGAACAGAUUUAGCUUUCUUCUGUUUCUUAUUUUAUUAGAGCAUUGUUCACUACUACAUGAGCUAUUUUUGUGAACUUGUCCUUCCAUUUUCUUUUCAAUUCUGCAGCCAUAGUUUCCCUCAACAUAGCUAACAGCUUUGCAAUUUUAGUCCAAAUUUCUGUUUGGUCACUAUUCGUCAUUUAAACUUAAAAUGUGUAAGAAAGCCUCUCAUGUAAUGGGAAAACUUGCCAUAAAAAUGUAUAAAGGUUUUCUUGGGUACCUGUUAUCACAUUUAAUAAAAAUGCAAUUUUCAAUUAUAAUUUGAAAUGGUCACUUACUAGCCACUAUUUAAUUUCAAUGUGCAAAAGAAAUUGAGAAAACAAAUUACCUUUUUUUUUUAUUUAUGUGAAUUCAGCAUCAUAAAUAUUUGCUGAAAUACAUGGUUUUGGAGAAAUUGGAUCAAAACAAGAUUUACUACCUAGUUGCUCUGAAUAACACACCUGGACUUUAUGUUCAAAGCUCCUUCCACAUCCCCAAAAGUGGAUUGCCUAACACCUGAUAUGUAUGACUUUGUAAGAGCCUAAUUCACAAAUAGUUGUUUCAUUUGUCUAUUCCGUGUUUUCACUGUAUCUCAUGGAUGAUUCAGGGUGCCCCUUAGCUGUGCAGGCUUCUGUGGUUGUAUCUCUCAGAAGAGUAACCGAGUGGUCAAACAGGCUUGUUCGCAGGGUCUGGUAAUUAAGGACUGGAUAAUUAUCCACCAGGAGCGCGCAGCGGUGCGCUCAGAAACAAGGUAUUCGUACGCUACCUCGCUGUUCUCUUGAGAACUUGUACAGUUCUUCUUGCAGUUACAUCUGGGGCUCCCUUAAGAUUUUACGAUGCCCAGACAAGAAGCUUAAUUUAGCUAAGAGAAAAUUCUGGCAGUUGAGCACCAGUUCUCAUAGAGAAUCAGCACAAAACAUGGGGAUUUUGAAAGGUGAUGCAUUUUCUCUGUACCCUGGGUAUACUAGGUGUACCAUACAAUUUAUAAGUUUGGUCUGUUACAGAGAUAUAUACAGUUCCUCAGAUUAGGAGGGAAUUGUAACAAUAACCAUGACCAAACCUAUAUUUGUUCCUAUAGAGUAAAAUCAUCACUAAUCACUUUUGAUAUGAAGAUUUAUUGCCAUGGAACAACUGCUCCUAUCCUUGAGGAGCCAAAUUAUCAACUGGAUGAACUGGAUAUUUGUAGUCUUUAUUUCUGUUGUUUAAUCUUCCAUGUUUUCUUCUCUCUCAUUUGGAUUUUCCCAUUAAAUGUACCAUGCCAGAUCUUUGCACAAAAAUAAGAACAACUUGCCCAGUAAAGAUACAGAAAGUUGUUCACAUCUGUAACUAGAGCCCUACAGAGGCUACUAUAGAGAGUUUAUUUCAUUGGAGACAUUGAGCGUAACAACAAGUAAGGAGUGGCAGUGCAAUACCCUGAGAGCUCUUACUGUUCAAGAUUAGGAAAGUUAGCAUCUCACAGACUCUGGCAUUAGACAAGAAGAUUUCUACCAGUGACGUAAAAUGGCUUGAAACAAAAGCUAAUACUUGCCAUGCAGAUUGGAGGAAAAUUAAAUCCAAAUAGAGCAUGUUUAACUGAAGUAGAAAUUUACUAAAGCUAUAAUUUCCAAGGAGAGUUUGGAACGUACGUCACUGAUAACAAGCUGGUUAUCAGCAAAACUGGUAGCUAGGAUUCGGUAGCUGCUCUCUUUUCUAAUGCAGAGGCAGGUCCUGCAGAGCCUGUGGUCCCCAGCAGAGAGGUUGGGUUUCUUGGUCGAGGCAGGUUGUGGGCCAGGGACUGUGAUAUCCACAGGCCACACCUUUUGUUACCGAUGAGCAAAGUGCAGGUGCCCUUCCAGCGGAUGUCAAAGUCCUUCUCCAAGGGGAGCACAGAGCAUGUCCAGCAGUUUAGCGGAAAAGAAAAGCAGUGUUUGCUAAAUUGUCAUCUAUAAACAUGACAUUCAAAAGCAAGUAUAAGCUGUUCCCCAGUCUGUUUUCAUUUUUCUGAUUAACUCCUAGUUUUUAUUUGAUUAUUACAUUUACAUUAAUGGUUAAGGAAGAGAAAACGAGUUCCUAAACUAGGGCUGAAAUGCAGACAUGGAAGAGUAGCGCAAGUAAAGUGGAAGCUGGAGCUUUCUGUUACUUGAGAAUCAAGUACUUUUUUUUUAAGACAAAAAGCAUCCAUACGAUAAACUUUUUUAGCCUUGUAGUGGCUAUUUGAGAAGUGUGACUCAAAAUGCUUAGAUGCCAAUUUUGAGGGCUUUUUUUUUUUUUUGUGGCAAGUAUCCCCUUGUAAAAAUGUUGCAGUGCAUCUAUUUUGUGCAUGUUUGCCUAAAACCACAAAAACAAAUCAAUUGCUUUAUGGAUUGCUGUACAUGCAUCUGGCAAACACUUGUUUCUGGUGGGGAGAGGAGGAAUAUUUGAUAGCUGGUGGGUUAGCAUAUUUAUGUGAAUUACUUCAAGCAUUGGUAAACUAUUGUCAACUUUGUUCACAUUGCACAAAAUACUCUGUGUAGUCUACUGCUGGCAUUAUAACCUCGGUGAUCCAUGCAUAUUCUGUAAAUUCCUGUAGGUUUUGUGACAAGAAACCUUGUCACCAUUGCUUACUACUGUAAAUUAUUGUUUCGAAGCAAGAGGUGGCUUUUGAUUGUACAGCCAUGUGUAUUAUAUACUACAACAGUACUUGUUCUGUCAUCAAAACUUGCUGUUCACAUGUAGUUAAAGCUUUGUUAAGCACGCUUAGUGGUUUCAGAAUGUAUUUCAAACAGCAGAUAUAUAAGCCAUUUACAGGAAUAUUAAAUGUAACGUAAGAUAAUUCAACCUAGUUCAUACUGGUUUUGAGAGCUUGGGGUUGGAUUUUAGCAGACAACAGACAGCUGCAGGUCAGCCCAUUCUGUGACUCCGUGCCUGGUUAUGCAGCGUGUGCUUUCCGACCGCAGGCACCUUCGAGCUUGAGAAAUCACACCCUGCGCAGGAAACAGGAGGGAAAGCCUAAAUCUCUCCUCUUUUUGCUGUCUGCCAGCCAAGGCACCUAUGGGACCUCAGCAGACUGUCACAGAGAGACCUGCCAGCCUGCAGGCUUCCCUGCUCUAAGUGAGCAAGGACAUAACUAGCUUCUCCUCUGGUGUCUCUUUUUUUUCCCCAAAAAGUUCUGCAUCGGUGCCAGGACACAAACCCACCACUAAGGGUAUGCAGGGGGUCAGGAAGCACUGCCUCCUUAUUGUGUCCUCAUUCCCAGCUACCACAGGCUUUAUGCGAGGCAGUGCUUGAAGGAGAAUUUAAUGAUUUGUCUGUUAUCAAGAUAGAAAAAUAAUAUGAAUUCUUGAACUCUGGAUUCUUUUUUAUUAGUAUUUUAUGAUAUACAACAAAGACCUGAAAAUGUAUAUGUAUUCUUUGCUGGUUUCUGACAUCAGAAAUUCAAAUCCUGUCUAGACUGAAAGACAAUGAUGGGAAAAGUGAAAAAGCUGCUAAAAUUGAAGGGGAUUCUUACUUGUAUUAUUUUAAAUUCUGUGUUUUAUUUGUUUUUAUUGCUAGUUCAAAUGAUGAGGUUAACCUUUUGAAUAAAGGCAGUCUUUCUUAAUGACUUUGCACCUUCACCCUUUCAUGUAAGACUUUGAGUACUUGCAAUAAAUGUUUCUCACACUUUCAA